AGGACUGCAGCGCUCUGAGUGAAAGCAGCUAAAGGCGGAGGCGGGGUUCUGGUGAAUUCCCCUUCCACCUUCCCCCACCCUCCUCUAGCUGGAUUCCAGCUUGCUGCGGCUGCUCCAUAGCCAUUUGCAGGAUCCAAACAACGGGAGCGGCUUUUCACAGGAUGGUGAUCCAAGUAUACAUUGCGUCUUCCUCUGGUUCAACUGCGAUUAAGAAAAAACAGCAAGAUGUGCUUGGUUUCUUAGAAGCUAACAAAAUAGGAUAUGAAGAAAAGGAUAUUGCAGCCAAUGAAGAGAAUCGGAAGUGGAUGAGAGAAAAUGUACCUGAAAACAGUCGGCCAGCCACAGGGUACCCCCUGCCACCUCAGAUUUUCAAUGAAAGCCAGUACCGUGGGGAUUACGAUGCCUUCUUUGAAGCCAGAGAAAAUAAUGCAGUGUAUGCCUUUUUAGGCUUGACAGCACCACCUGGUUCAAAGGAAGCAGAAGCCCAGGCAAAGCAGCAAGUAUAAACCUUCAGCAUUCCACUUUCAGCAUCCUGAAAAAUGAGUCUUCAUUGCUUUUAGAAAAUAGCAAAAUUAUCUUGGCUUCAGAAGAAACAGGCUUAAUAUCAAAAUAAUAGAUUAGUUGGUGUUUUAGCAUGCAAACAAUCAAAAUGAAUACAUAAUAAAAUGUGAAUGUUAUGCAGAGGAGAAGGGGAGAUAAACAUAAAAUUUUAAGUAGAUAUCAUGAAAUAGAAUUUUUCUGCCAAGGCAUUUUAUAUAUUUCAAUGAUUUUACAAAGAAAAUGCCCUUCCCCCUUUUUAAUUGAUAUUUUUGCAGUUUAAAUAUAUCUCCAGCUCAACAUUGAGGAAUUUUAAAUGGAGAGAGAGAAUAAGCCUGUCCAUUGUUCCCAAAAUGUCUUGUUAAUUUUAAUGAACAAGAAUAUGUACCUUUUUGAUGUGAUAUUAUUGUGUUUAGAAAAGUACUUGCAAAUAACAUUUAUAUGUUAAACAUUGUAAUUUCCUAUGGUAAUUAUUACAUUCCCAUUUUUUUGUAGAUAAAACUUCUGUGUGCUGAAACACAAGUUUUCCAGUGUUCUAAAUAUAGCCUCUCAUGUCUUCCCAUGAAAAAGUAAUAGAUGCAUUCAGUUGCCAACUUCCUUGUUUAACUUCACUGCUAUGAUGGAAUCAUUUCUAAGUUCUUGCCUCAGUGAAAUAUAUAUGUGUAUAUCGUGGAAAUAGAAAAGUAAAAAUGUUUAAAAUGGCAUCCUCUUGCUAAGAGCUCAGACUUUUAAUUAUUAUCAAAUAGGUUGUCAAUCAUUUCCCAAGAUUGCUUUUCCUUGGGUUUUUGCUAAAAGAAAUCUUAGUGAUUUUCCCCCUUGUGAUAUAAAUGCCACUGUUUCUGAGAUACCUGGCAUUUUUUGUUAUAGUUUAGGUAUAUGUUCUGUGAGUAUAGUAAUCUAAGCAGAGAGAAUCUUUUCCUUGCCUAUAUUGCAGGAAAGAGCACAAGCACAAACAAAAGGGGCAACUUUAAAAUUUUUAAUUCUGAAGACUUUUAAAAUAAAGACAAGACACAUGACCUAAAUCAUUUACCCAGAAGAUAUACAUGUAGUAUUUAGUUCCAUACUACUUUUUUUUUUACUAAAAAUAAACAUCUUUUACUUUAAACUA